AUGCCCAGUCGUGUCGACGCCGUAUCGAAACUCGAGUUCAGCGAACCCCCGACCGCGAUGAACACGACAUCACGACCCCGGCUUGGCCGGUGGUCAAGUACACUGCGCACCUAUCUUCGUCAAGCGCACACGGGUCGAAGCCAGGCCUGCCAGGGCCCCGAAGGCCACGGAGAAAAGAUCUGGGUUUUUCGACACCGGAGAUCCGACCAAAUAAUCUACUCUUUUGAGGAGAGGCUGGACGUGCCGCCGCAGGGAUUCCACGCACUGAAGCAGCUGCCUUUCAACGGCAAAAAGACAAAGCCAGCCAAGCUCCGAAAAGACUACUGGUCCCCAAUGGCCUUGAUUCAGUUUCCCAAGGGCCGGGGGGCCGUCGGGCGUUCCGUCUACCAGAGACUACGCGAAUUGAAGCACCUGCACGAGGUGUCUUGGACCGACGCAUUUCGAUACAAGUCGGCCCAAGAAUUUACUGCCGCAGACGAGAAGAGAAUUGCGGACGAAAAGGCUGCGGGGAACGAGUACAAGCCGGUGCGAAGCAAAGCGGAAAGAGGAAUUGCAUUAAACGCGCAAAAGACAAAUUCUAUUGCUGACAUGGCGGCUGUUUUGGCCGGUUAUGGAAACGGGAACGCAAUCGCUACAGCAAACUCUGUUACCGACGGUCAGCCUCAUCUUGUUCAGGUUUCUAUUAGCUGGGCGAACGAUCAGGAUAAGGACUACGCCGAGGCGUGGUCCAAGAACGUCACGCACGGGCUCUUGGAUGAGCCAGCCUACACUUCUGGGAACGAGGCGGAGUCUACGGCCUAG